AUGGAGUAUUUGGUUCUGAGCGAAAAAAAGGGCACUGAUCUAUUUUAUACUGUUAAUACAGAAUUAUGUACAUGUAUAUGUUUUGUUGGGCUAUCCAGAGCACCAUGUAAACAUCAAGAUGCAGUAGCUGCUAAAUAUCAUGUUGAGUCUCUAAAUUUUUUCCUGUCUUUAAUGCCUAAUGAUCAUGCUUGCUUUGCAUAUAUUGCAUGUA